AUGCAAAUCCUCAAUGUCUACGGAGCGAGACCCCAUGGUCCUCCAAAGUCACGCUAUUUCAGCAAGCUCUCAUGGCUUGGACCUGUGGGUACUUUGCUUACAGUUUCUUUGACCAUUGAUUUUUAUCUCAAAGCAUAUAAUGUUCCAACAGACGGUAAGAAGGACAGAAGUACACCGGCACUCGUCAGUCUCAUGAGCUUUUCUGCAAUGAUGGCUUUGCUUUAUCUCUUGACGAAUGUCUUGGUGAGACGGCAAUGGAAACGUUUGAGGAAGUAUAAUGAGCUGGUACUUCUUUCUCUAUUUUGUGCCCUUCUUAUUGCUACAACCCUUACAAACACAUGGGCUCCAAAACCGGCCAAAUUCAAGCCGGUCAUCCUCUUUGGCUUUUUGACUAAUGGUGGGCUCCACGCUUUGGGGUGUCUAUACUACCGCCACAACAGGGUUGUACGAGGAAACCGCCCUCUCAGUUGGAAGCUAAAUCCGUUGUGGGUUUUCCCUUAUCUCCUAGUGAUGGAAUGUUACUUUGCACUGAAGAAAAGAAACAGUGCCAGACAGUUUGCCCUAGGUGGAGCCGUUGGUGUGAUUAGCCAGUUCACCGUAGAGACAGUGGUGUAUCUUUAUAAGAGAACGUUGGGAGAGUGGAGACCAGCUCUGGAGCGCAGAAAGGAAAGAAACCACAGAAGGGGAAGAAGAGGCGGUCGCAAGCCUGGAGCCUUCGCGAGGAAGGUAGAGGCUUCUCCAAACCCCGUUGAUGAUACUGUCCAUGCCUAA